UGUCACAUGAAGGAUUUUAAUGCCACUCUUGCUAGAAAGCAAGAAUGGAACCUUCAACGUUGUGGUCUUCAAUGAAGACGUACUAUUUUAGAUACGAAAAUGUUAUUUUAAGGGUACCAUUCUGCUUUGUCUUACAACUGGGAACUUACUUUGACAAGAUUGUUCAAGGUUCUGGCGAAGGCUCCAAACCAUCGCAUGAGAUUGCAGCUGUUAUUUGUGGGCUUGUGGGUACAAUUGGUGUAAUAACAAACUUGAGCUAUCUCCAGAAAUUCUUCGUUUGGUUAAUUGAAGAAGUUGUUCUUCUUGUCGCAUUUGCUGCCAUUGUAGCAUAUGGUCCUUCAGAUGCUAAGGAAGAUUUCUUAUGGAGCAGUUCAAAUCCAAAUGUGUCAUCUCAUCUUGAUGUGACUUAUGGCUAUUCAUUGUUAUAUGCCCAGGUUUUUGUCGCUGUUAGUGUUGCUAUUGUUCCACGCAAAUGGGCAGCUGUUAGCGCCAAGCAAACUGUUGGAAUUUUCAUCAUUUUUCCAGUUAUCAUUCAGCUUCUCUCACUCCCAUUUGUCAAAGCCUCUUCAAUUCUGCGCAAUGUCUGCCUGGGUUAUAUUGUAUUUGCUACAGUAAUUCAGGCUUACAAAGCUUGUCUUGGCAUCCUGCAACUACUACAGGAGGUUCCAGGGCUGAUUAAGGAUACAUGCAGAAUUGUCAUCACUUUUGGAUGGUUGGACUUCUUUGUAUACCACUGGAGAAGGGUGAACUUAGGCCAAGUUCUAAUGAUAACUUGGCUAAUGAAAUGUUUGGCUUUAUUCAAUCUUUUGUUGAUUGGAACCCAUAGUUUUCCUAUUGCUUUUUCUGGAAGUUUAAUUUAUUGCUUUGAUAGCCUUCUGGAUUUGGCAGGGGCAAGUCUGAUCAUUGGAUUUGUAGCAAAUCUUAUACUAGACUUCACUAGCACGCUGAUGAAAGGAAAUAUUGAACGACCAAUGGAGGAGCGUCAACAGGAACAGUGGAACAAUAGCGUUUCAUUCUUUCUUUUGAGUGUUCAAGUUGGAAUUUCUAGCGUACCCACGCAGCAGCGCCUUAUGCUUAUAGGCCUGGUCUUGUUUGUCACACUCUCCUUGUUCUUGCAAUCUAUGUAUGAGCUUGCAGAACCAGCUCUCAUGUCAUUGGGUGCAACAUACACUGGUGUUUUCACCAGCAAACACUUGCGCACAUUAGGAGUGUGUUUGUUGAUUCUGGUACUUCCUGGAUACAUGAUCAUUGUUCUGUGCCAAAUGUUCACUUUUGAUGCAUGGUUGUUUGUUAUCAUAUCCAGUAACUUGGUGACGAUUGUUCAAGUGAUGGGUUCACUGAUAAUUUAUGGACUUUUUGUGUCCAAUGUACAUUCAGAAAGUCAAAUGAAGGAUCUAGAUGACUAUGUUUAUUACAUUAAUGCUGGCUCAAAAGUUUUUGAGUUCUUAGUUGCUGUGGUUGUCCUUGGAUACACUGCAUGGGCUACCUUAACUGGGGAGUGGAACUAUAUUGGUGCAUUGGUAAUUUCAAUGCAUGCUUACUUCAAUGUUUACAAGCGAGCUCAAGAAGGAUGGAAUAAUUUCCUAUUGCGACGCAAUGCAGUUAAGAGACUCAACUCCUUGCAGUGGGCCACUGAAGAACAGUUAGAGCAACUAAAUGAUGUCUGCUGCAUAUGUUAUGAAGUGUUAGAUAGGGCUAAAGUUACUAAAUGUAAUCAUUUCUUUCAUAGUUUGUGCUUAAGAAAAUGGCUCUAUGUGCAAGACAAAUGCCCUAUGUGUCACGCAGACAUUUUACCACAGGAUUGACUAUUACCUGUCCUGCAGCGCAUGGCUGCUGUUGGUUGAAUAAUCAUUAACAUCAUAAAUCAUUUCAUGAUUUACAUGCCUUUCAUUAGGCUACAAUCUGUGACAAAUUUCAUGGAGCCACUUAUGAGGAAUUGUUUCAAAAUGAUGUGCGAAUUGAAAUGCAGUUUUCCAUACUAUGCCCCCCCUUCCAUCACUUAAAACUAUACAGUCACAGAAUACAGAGUGCAUUGUAUCAAUGCUAGUGGGGAAGGGGGGGGGUGAAUUAUGGGUCUAAGAGAUAAAAUUGUUAUGCUUAUUUCAGAGUAUUGGGAUUUCAUUGGUAAUGUAUCAUUUUGUCAAAGAUUGAAGCCCUCCUUAUUGUCCUCCACACUCUAUACAUCAUCCCACACAGAUUACAAUGUGGUUCUGAGGUUUUGGAACUUUAAAGAAAAUAACUUGCUCAUGGCCCAGCUCCCCAGUGAGUCUUAAGUGUGUUAGCUGCUGACCGUGAAAUCAAACUUGGUAGUCAUAUGAUUUCUGAUGAAGUGACUCCUUCAUGUGCAUUUUAUUAUUUUCUUUGUUCCAAUUGCCUUGUCCAUAACUAUGUAAUAAUUUUGUAAGGGAUAGUGGUGAGCUGACAUCCUCCAGUUCAGUAGAGACAGUAAAAAAAAAAAUGCUCAGAGGGUUUUGCAUCACCAA